CCGCCCCGGCUGCCCCGCAGCCUCCGCCCGCCGCCAAGCUGGAGGAGCGCCGCAAGCCCGAGCCCCGGAGGAUGGAGGACGAGGCAGUACUGGAUAGAGGGGCUUCCUUCCUUAAACAUGUAUGUGAUGAAGAAGAAGUGGAAGGUCACCACACGAUUUACAUCGGGGUCCACGUGCCGAAGAGCUACAGGCGGAGGAGGCGUCACAGAAGAAGACCUGGGCACAAAGAAAAGAAAGAAAAGGAGAAAAUCUCGGAGAACUGCUCGGACAAAUCAGACGUGGAAAACGCUGAUGAGACAAGCAGCAGCAUCCUUAAACCACUCAUCUCCCCCGCUGCCGAGCGCAUCCGCUUCAUCCUCGGAGAGGAAGAUGACAGCCCCGCACCCCCGCAGCUCUUCACCGAGCUGGACGAACUUCUGGCUGUCGAUGGACAGGAGAUGGAGUGGAAAGAGACUGCAAGGUGGAUCAAGUUCGAGGAGAAGGUAGAACAAGGUGGGGAGCGAUGGAGCAAACCGCAUGUGGCCACCUUGUCUCUGCACAGCCUGUUCGAGCUGAGGACAUGCAUAGAGAAGGGCUCCAUCAUGCUGGAUAUGGAGGCCUCUUCCCUCCCCCAGGUGGUGGAGAUGAUCGUUGACAAUCAGAUCGAGACGGGGCUGUUGAAAUCUGAACUGAAGGACAAGGUCACCUACACGCUGCUCAGGAAGCACCGGCACCAGACCAAGAAAUCCAACCUGCGCUCGCUGGCUGACAUUGGAAAGACCGUCUCCAGUGCAAGUAGGAUGUUUUCCAACCCCGAUAAUGCACGCAGCCCGCUCGAGAGCUCCGUGCCCUGCCUGGCAACCCGCACCUUGGAUGAUGAACUGGGAGUGCAGCGCAGCCCCAGCGUGGGAUGGCUCAGCAGCCCAGCCAUGGCUCACCGGAACCUGACCUCCACCAGCCUCAACGACAUCUCGGACAAGCCUGAGAAGGACCAGCUGAAGAAUAAAUUCAUGAAGAAAUUGCCUCGUGACGCUGAGGCCUCCAACGUGCUGGUCGGGGAGGUGGAUUUCCUGGAGAGCCCCUUCAUUGCCUUUGUGCGGCUGCAGCAGGCGGUCAUGCUGGGAGCUCUCACCGAGGUCCCUGUUCCCACACGAUUUCUCUUCAUUCUGCUGGGACCAAAGGGCAAAGCCAAGUCCUAUCAUGAGAUCGGCCGAGCCAUUGCCACGCUGAUGUCAGAUGAGGUAUUCCAUGACAUUGCCUAUAAAGCCAAGGACCGUCAGGACCUGAUUGCAGGCAUUGAUGAAUUUCUGGAUGAAGUCAUUGUGCUCCCUCCGGGGGAAUGGGAUCCAGCCAUUAGGAUAGAGCCCCCCAAGUCUCUCCCUUCUUCAGAUAAGAGGAAAAACAUGUACUCUGGUGGGGAAAACCUGCAGAUGAACGGAGACACACCCCAUGACGGGGGGCAUGGCGGUGGCGGCCACGGUGACUGCGAGGAGCUGCAGCGGACGGGCAGAUUCUGUGGGGGUUUGAUCAAAGACAUCAAGAGGAAAGCACCGUUCUUCGCCAGUGACUUCUACGAUGCUUUAAAUAUCCAGGCCCUCUCAGCCAUCCUCUUCAUCUACCUGGCCACUGUCACCAAUGCCAUCACUUUUGGGGGAUUGCUUGGGGAUGCUACGGAGAACAUGCAGGGCGUGUUGGAGAGCUUCCUGGGCACGGCUGUCACCGGCGCCAUAUUUUGCCUUUUGGCUGGUCAGCCCCUCACCAUUUUGAGCAGCACAGGACCCGUCCUGGUCUUUGAGCGGCUCCUCUUCAAUUUCAGCAAGGACAAUGGUUUUGACUACCUGGAGUUCCGCCUCUGGAUCGGCCUCUGGUCAGCCUUCCAGUGUCUCAUUCUCGUGGCCACCGAUGCCAGCUUCCUGGUCAAGUACUUCACCCGCUUCACCGAAGAAGGAUUUUCCUCCCUGAUCAGCUUCAUCUUCAUUUAUGAUGCUUUCAAGAAGAUGAUCAAGCUGGCAGAUCAUUAUCCCAUCAACUCUCAGUUCAAGGUGGACUAUAUCACGCAUUACUCUUGUGCCUGUAAACCACUAGAUCCAGUUAAUAGCUCAUUACUUAACAGGACAGUGGUGCUGUCAGACUACGAGCUGGUCUCUCCCUCCUCUGAGCUGGACAACACCACCAUUGACUGGGCAGCUUUGACAGCCAAGGACUGCUUGAAGUAUGGGGGUCAACUUGUGGGCAACAACUGUGACUAUGUCCCUGACAUCACCCUCAUGUCUUUCAUCCUCUUCUUUGGCACUUACACCUGCUCCAUGGCCCUGAAGAAAUUCAAGACCAGUCGCUACUUUCCCACCACUGCCCGGAAGCUCAUCAGUGACUUUGCCAUUAUCCUGUCCAUUUUGAUUUUCUGUGGAAUAGAUGCCCUAGUUGGUGUGGACACACCAAAACUAAUUGUGCCAAGUGAAUUCAAGCCAACCAGUCCUGAGAGGGGUUGGUUUAUCCCACCUUUCGGGGGGAACCCGUGGUGGGUGUACCUGGCAGCAGCCAUCCCUGCCCUGCUGGUGACCAUCCUCAUCUUCAUGGACCAGCAGAUCACCGCUGUCAUUGUCAACAGGAAGGAGCACAAGCUCAAGGUGGGAAAAGUGGCUUUGUGGCCAAAGCUGCACGGUGCUGUCAAAUACCAGCAAUGA